AUGGCGAGCGGCCUUGAGCUGAUGAUGUUCCACACGAUGGAGCGCGAGUUCUUCCACCGGCUGGUCGGCGAGCUCGGCCAGGAGCCCGGGCCGAUGAGGUGGGUCAUCGCGCUCUGGCUCUGGCUCGAGUCCGUCGGCCACCAUGACUUCAUCCGCCGCGUCUCCGCGCUGCCGGGCCCCGUCGUGCUCCGGUUCGUCGACGAGGCGCUUGCCUGCCUCGCGCGGCUCCCGCGCCGCCGGGCGCAGAGGCUCGCCGCGCUCGCCGCCGCCGGGGACGGCGACCCCGCCCUCCGCCUGCUGCCCUGCACCAACGCGCUCCUCGCCGAGCCCAUCGAGGGCCUCGCCUACUUUGACGCCCACCGCGAGGAGGCCAUGGCCGGCGUCAGCGACGUGUACAAGAACGUCUGCCGCGUCAUCUUCGACGACGACGUCGUCUUCGCCUCCGACGACGCCGCCGCCGCCGCCUACCUGCCCAGCAACGUGCGCGACGCGCUCCAGCUGGACGGCCCGCCGCCGCCGACGUACCACCCCGCCGUCCACUUCCCCCCGAUGCCGCCGCCGGCCGCGCUGAACCCGAUGGCCAUGCCGUGGAUCCCCGUGCAGCCGCAGCCGCCGCAGCAGCAGCACACCUACAGCCCCUUGCCGGAGGACUACCGCUCUCUGUUCAUCACCUUCUCCCGCGGCUACCCCAUCAGCUCCGACGACAUCAUCGCCUUCUUCAACUCGUUGUACGGGCCGUGCGUGGAGUCGGUGAUGGUGGAGAAGGCGGCGGCGGGGCAGCUGCCGGUGUACGGACGGGUGGUGCUCCGGUGCCCGUCGAUGAUCCCGGUGGUGCUCGACGGCCAGCAGACGGCCAAGUUCAUGAUCAAGGGGAGGCACCUCUGGGCCAGGAUCUACGUGCCAAGCUCCAAGCCCAACUGA